AUGAAAAAUAAAACCGUGUUAACCGAGUUUAUCCUUCUGGGUCUAACAGAUGUCCCUGAACUCCAGGUGGCAGUUUUCACCUUUCUUUUCCUUGCGUAUUUACUCAGCAUCCUUGGAAAUCUGACUAUCCUCGUCCUCACCUUGCUGGACUCCCACCUUCAGACUCCCAUGUAUUUCUUUCUCCGGAACUUCUCCUUCUUGGAAAUUUCCUUCACAAACGUCUUCAUUCCAAGGGUCCUGAUUAGCAUCACAACAGGGAACAAGAGUAUCAGCUUUGCUGGCUGCUUCACUCAGUAUUUCUUUGCCAUAUUCCUUGGGGCCACAGAGUUUUACCUUCUGGCUGCCAUGUCCUAUGACCGCUAUGUGGCCAUCUGCAAACCUCUGCACUACACCACCAUCAUGAGCAGCAGAAUCUGCAUCCAGCUGAUUUUAUGCUCUUGGCUGGGUGGGCUAAUGGCUAUUAUACCACCAAUCACCCUGAUGAGUCAGCAGGACUUUUGUGCAUCCAACAGACUGAAUCAUUACUUCUGUGACUAUGAGCCUCUUCUGGAACUCUCAUGUUCAGACACAAGCCUCAUAGAGAAGGUUGUCGUUCUUGUGGCAUCUGUGACCCUGGUGGUCACUCUGGUGCUAGUGAUUCUCUCCUAUGCAUUCAUUAUCAAGACUAUUCUGAAGCUCCCCUCUGCCCAGCAAAGGACAAAAGCCUUUUCCACAUGUUCUUCCCACAUGAUUGUCAUCUCCCUCUCUUAUGGAAGCUGCAUGUUUAUGUACAUUAAUCCCUCUGCAAAAGAAGGGGAUACAUUCAACAAGGGAGUAGCUCUACUCAUUACUUCAGUUGCUCCUUUGUUGAACCCCUUUAUUUACACCCUAAGGAACCAACAGGUAAAACAAGCCUUCAAGGAUAUGGUCAAAAAGCUUGUGAAUCUUUAA